AUGGCUACUCGUGGGGAGGUGUCGCCGCUCUUGCCGCUACACUCAGCAGCAGUGCCCACCCGACAGCUUCAGCAGCACCACGAAAAGGCUUCGGGUGCUCGAUAUCAUUGGCUAUCUCGCAUUACCUUUAGCUGGCUCGGGCCUCUGCUUGAUCAAGGCGCAGCUCAGCCACUUCAGGCCGAAGAUUUAUGGGCAUUGGAGCCCGAAGACGACACCGCGCGAGUGACCAGUACUCUACGCGAGGCCGUGCAACACGCGGAGGCUAAUAGCCAAUCGCUGUGGAUCCCGAUCCGCCAGGCCUUUGGCUUCAAUAUGUACGUGGCGGGGGCCUGCAAACUGGCUGGCGACUGCUUUGGCUUCGUUGGACCCAUUUGCAUCAAUGCGCUCAUCAAGUACGUGGAGGACCCGAAAGUAGCCAUGUUCUCCAAUUCUCACUAUGGCUACAUUCUAAGUGGCACAUUAUUCGCUGCCUCAGUGCUGCAGACUUUGUGUCUGCAUCAACACCACCACCUGGUGAUACGAGAAGCCAUUCGAGUGCGUUCGGCACUCACGAUGCUCGUGUACGAGAAGUCGCUGAAACUUUCGUCGCAAACCAAAAGCACUUUGGGUUCGGGUCGAAUUCUGAACAUGGCUACAAUCGACACAAACCGCAUCUUGGAGCUGUUCUACGUCAUCCACUACUCGUGGGCCGCUCCCGUCCAACUGAUGAUUGGCAUGCUGCUUCUAGUGCAUUAUCUGGGCGCUGCAUCGUUUGCUGGAGUGUUGAUUAUGGUCAUUCUGCUGCCUACAAGUGCUGCUCUGUCGUCCCAAGCCGCCAAAGUCUCGAAAAAGAUGCUGGAAUGCACCGAUAAGCGUCUGAAAUUCCUAACCGAGUUGCUCCAGCACAUUCGAGUGAUUAAAUUUUACGCCUGGGAGAGCGAAAUGUUCGGACAAGUGGACGAAAUCCGCGGUCAAGAACUCGGUUUCCUCAAGCAGAUGAUCGUGUGGAACGCGUACGGAAGAGUGAUCCUACAAGCUGGGCCCGUGCUCGUGUCGUUUGGCACGUUUGCAGCGUAUUUGUACGUCCAAAACGAACCUCUGACAGCUGAUAAAGCGUUCACUGCGAUCACGCUGUUCAGUAUUUUUCGCCUGCCUCUAAUGGUCCUUCCGCAGGUGUUUUCCCUCAUGUUCCAAGCGAAUGUAUCCAUCAAGAGACUCGAGUCCUUCCUGCGUCUCGAAGGCCACCAACGCAGCUCGACGUCCCUAUCCGCUUCGUUUAUUUCCGAUCCUUCGUUUGAGAUUCGUCACGCAACGUUCAAAUGGUCAGAUGAAGCUGCGAAAACCUCGAGUAAAGACGCGUCUCCUGCUCAGCUAUCCAAUGUUACGGUCUCGAUCCCUAAAGGUAAGCUAACCUUGGUGGUCGGCGCUGUUGGAAGCGGGAAAUCGACUCUACUAGCGACGUUACUGGGCGAGUUGCAGCCUGAAUACGGCGUGGUUCGGAUUCCUGCGAGAUACGUGUCUUACGCCGCACAAACGCCGUAUCUGAUCAACGCCAGUGUCCAAGACAACGUUUUAUUCGGCGCUCCACUGGACGCAGCUCGUCUGCACCGCGUAAUUAAGAGCUGCGAGCUGGAAAAAGAGCUUUUAAGUCUUCCAAAUGGCUUCCAAAGUGAGAUCGGGGAGAACGGCGUGACGCUGAGCGGCGGACAGAAGCAACGUGUAGCCAUCGCACGCGCAGUGUACUCGAACGACCAGGAUCUUUACGUGUUCGACGACUCGCUGUCUGCUUUGGACGCGCAAGUGGCUACACGUGUGUUUAACCAGUGCUUUAACAAGGCAACGAGUGGACUUUUGGCUGGUCGCACGCGGGUUUUGAGCACGCACUCGCUGCAGUUCGCUCAUCUGGCAGACUGGAUCAUCGUCAUGGACAACAUAAAAGUCGCGGAGAUGGGUACAUUCGAGGACUUGACGCAGGUGACGCCAAACGGGAAGUUUGCUACGAUGCUAAAGUCGUUUCAACGUGCUGAGGAGAAACGUGAAGUCGACGAGGAUUCGGGUCAUCAAUCUGGUAAUCUGAACAUGAUCAAAUCUAAAUCUAGAGCUAGAUUUAGCUCCAGUGUGGACGGUGACGCGGGUGGUACUGGCGUUCUGGUUCAGGACGAGGAGAAGGCAGAGGGGAAUCUGUCGUGGAGCGUUUACUCGUCGUACAUUGUGUCUUGCGGCGUCAUUUCGACAGUUGGGGCGUUUGCGCUGCUUUUUGGAACGCAGAUUUCGUCUGUAUCGACAGAUUUGUGGCUGACAAACUGGACCAGUAACAGACCCAGGGGGGGUAACUUGACGUUCUAUCUGUCGGUAUACGCUUAUCUCGGUCUAAGUACCAUCGCACUGGGGUUUGUUGGAGACCUGUGCUGUCGAUACGCUGGACUCAGUGCGUCGAAACAAAUUCACCACCGACUCCUCCGUCGCGUUAUAAAGGGGACGAUGCGCUUCUUUGACACGACACCAGUCGGUCGUAUCCUCAAUCGAUUUUCUAACGACGUGAACACAAUCGAUCAGAAACUGAACACAGCCAUCGUCCAGUUUGUCUCCAUGCUUCUCGCGCUUCUCAGCAUGCUGGCAAUUCAGAGCUCUACGGCUCCUGUACUGCUGGUUCUGCUUGUCCCAGUCUUCAUCUGCUACGUCGCGUACCAGCGAUUCUACGGGAAAUCCUGUCGAGAGCUGCAACGUCUGGAUAAUAUCUCCAAGAGCCCCGUGUACGCGCAUUUCACGCAGACGUUGAAUGGUCUGGUGACGAUCAGGACUUUCGAGAUGGUGGCACAGAGUCAACACACACAAGCGCUCAAGAUCAACGAGAACACCAAGGCUUUUCUACUCUUAAACCUGAUCAACCGGUGGCUUGGAGUUCGCUUGGAGCUCCUCGGGGCGGUGAUCACGUUCGCAGUCGCGUUCUUCGUCAGCCGCGACCACGUGGCGCUCUCCAGUGCCAUGGCGGGGCUGCUACUGAGUUAUUCGCAGAAUAUGACGUCGCUACUUAACUGGAUCAUCCGCAACAAUAUCGACAUGGAGAACAUGAUGAACAGCGUCGAGCGUAUAGAUGAAUACUGCCGCGUGGAUACCGAACCCGUGACGCUGCUUAAUCAUCAUUACGAACGGUAUACUUCCCCCAAGUCACGUUCGUUGCAGCUGCGACCACAGUGGCCUGAGCACGGCAAGAUCAACUUUGUCAAUGUUUGUGUACGGUACGACCCCCUCUCAGCGCCAGUGCUUCACAAUAUUUCAUUUACGGUGAGAGGAGGUGAGAAAGUUGGGAUCUGUGGACGUACUGGAGCGGGUAAAAGCUCGCUGCUUCUUGCACUUUUCCGCAUGGUAUCGUUCGAUUCUGGAGUGGGAGGUGGCAGUAUUUACAUCGAUGAAGUGGCCACUACUGCGCUGACGUUGACGGAGCUGCGUUCCCGUAUGGCCAUCAUUCCCCAGGACCCGGUGCUCUUUGCAGCUAGUGUGCGCUUUAAUCUGGACCCGACAGGACAAGCGACGGAUAAUGAACUGUGGAACGCCAUCCGGAAAUCUCGUCUGGAGAAUUUUAUCAAAAGUUUACGUGGUGGACUCGACGCCGAAGUUCGAGAAGGUGGCGACAAUUUUAGUGUUGGUGAGCGACAACUCAUAUGUCUGGCACGCGCUAUUCUGCGUAAUUCCAAGAUUUUGUGUCUGGAUGAAGCUACUGCGUCAAUGGAUCACUCCACAGAUGAAUUCAUCCAGACGUCCAUUCGUAGGGAAUUUGCUGAAGCGACCGUGUUGACGAUUGCUCACCGAGUCGAGACGAUUCUGGAUUAUGACAAGAUUUUGGUACUGAAGCGAGGCCACAUUGCGGAGUUUGGCUCACCUUCCGAGUUGCUCAACGUAUUUAAUGGCGAGUUCGCUAGCAUGGUACAGAACACCGGACAAGAAGUACCGGUACUUCGAUGA